UCUGCAGGAGGAGCGGGCUAGUGUGCGUACGGCUCGGCCCGGGGACGUCGGUGCUUUGCUGGGCCCUCACCGUCCUCAACAUGGAGUUUUUACUGGGGAAUCCGUUCAGCACGCCGGUGGGGCAGCGGAUAGAGAGUGCGACCGGCUCCAGCCUGCCAUCAGAAGACUGGGCCCUCAACAUGGAGAUCUGCGACAUGAUCAACAGCUCAGAAGAAGGACCCAGAGAUGCAGUCAGAGCCAUAAAGAAAAGGAUUGUGGGGAACAAGAACUUCAAAGAGGUUAUGCUGACGCUCACUGUCCUGGAGACGUGUGUGAAGAACUGCGGCUACAGGUUUCACAUCCUGGUGACGACGCGUGAUUUUGUCGAGGGGGUUCUGGUUCGGUCGAUCAUCCCGAGAAACAACCCUCCAUUAGUGCUGCAUGACAGAGUGCUCAGCAUCGUGCAGGCGUGGGCCGACGCAUUCCGGAGCUCACCUGACCUGACGGGUGUGGUGUCCGUGUACGAAGACCUGCGGAGGAAGGGACUUGAGUUCCCCAUGACAGAGCUGGACGGUUACUCACCCGUCCAAGGCCCUAAAAAGCAGACUGUGCCUGGGAAUGGGCCUGCUGUCACUUCUCUGCCUGCUGCUCUGCUCUCUUCCAAACCUCCGCUCAUCCCACCACAGACUUCUGAGCUAAAGCUGGCCCUAGAGGGAAACAAUGCCUUCACUCCCAGCCAGAUAAAAAUGCUGAAGACAGAGCUGGGAGUGGUUCGCAGCAACCUAACCAUGAUGUCAGACAUGAUGAGUCAGCUCGAUCCUGUCACGGUAAAACAAGCAGACAUGGAGCUGCUGGAGCAGUUAUACACAGUAUGUAAGGAAAUGCAAGACAGGAUAGUGAAGAUCGUCCCCAGACUCAGUGAGGAGAAGCUGAUUGAAGAGUUGCUGGCAGCUAAUGAUGAGAUGAACACCGCUUUUACUCGCUACCACAGGUUUGAAAGACGAAUACCAAAUGGGCAAAACGCAGCAGAGAAGAGUCACACAUACGUCAACCUAACAGACCUCAACUUGACACCCGAGUCCAUCAGCCAAUCAGGGCUCGCAUUAGUUACCAGUGACAGCUCACUCAGUCUGUCAAAAGCGGACAGCUUGUCAAGUCAGAUGGCAAGACUUAGUACAAGUGAAUCAGAUGACGCUUUAUCACAGAAUAUGAAUGUCUCAACUAAACUAAGACCAAGUGCACAGAAUGAAGUUGCAGUGGACGGCCUGGCUCAGGCUCCAGACAGCAGACUGCACAACGCUGUAACGGAGGACAGCCCAACCUCCACCCGCAGCUCCUCACCAAAGUUAGAUUGGAUGAUUAAAAGGGGAAUGAUUCCUAUAAACCAGUCGACUGUAAUGGAUGAUAUUGAGAAAUGGCUGGAGCUCGAUGAUGAGUAUGAUGACUUUGAAGACUCAGACGGUGUGACGAGUGAAGAGUUUGACAGGUUUUUGGCAGGACGAGCAAAAGCGGCGGAGCGUCUGCCAUCAGUGAGAGCUUCUUCACAGGACACCAACCACUCCGAGUCUUAAGCUGCACUACAAACCUGCCGAACUAACAUAAACUCAUGAAGCUUCGGCGCCAUCCGCUGAGAAAUUUCCUUUAGAGAAAUGGUUAAAUGGCACAUUUUGACAUGGGAAUGACACCCCAUAUCUAAAGGAAGGACGUCAUAGCUGUGUAUACUGCUCUUUACUGCGGAGCAAACAAGUUUUUUAACUGAUAAAAAUAAUGUUAUUUGAUGAAGGGCAGAGGUUUUUACUUGACGUCGUUAUGAGGGUUUGUCCAUGUGUUGAAUGCAAACUUUUGCACAUUUUAUAUGGUUACAUUCCUGCUGUUGAAAGAAAGAGAGGGGGUAUUGUUACAGAAGACAACUUUUGCAACAUAGGUUAUGUAUUAAAUUGCUGUUAUAUAUAUAUAUAUAUAUAUAUUGUUAAACAUGAUGAAGGGUUACAGAAAGCGCCCCUGUCAAAGUAGCAUACGCUGUUAACUUGUGUGAAAGAGAAGCUCAGCUAUCACUUCAUGAAAUAGUUUGAUGCUUUAUGUCAUUAUUGAUAAAGGAUGUAAAAGAAAAUUAUGUGGAACUAUGUUUUUUUACAUCCAGCAUUCCCUUGUGAAAAUGUUUUACUUGAAGUUUAACAGGAAGUCAUGACAGACUGCUGUCAUGUAAUAAAUUAAAACUAUUAACUGGAAGUCUGGCUGUUCUCAUUCUUACUGUAUAAUCCAAUUCAUGGCUUUGCAGGUAUGGGACCACUGCAAAUCUUUAAUUCCUGUCUGUUGUUAAUUCAGUUUGGCUUGAACAUGUCACACCCAAUGACUGCUGACACGUUGCUGUGCAGGGUUUACUUCACUGACUUGUACAUUUUUACCAUAUGUUAAUGCACC